AUGUCUCUUUCGAAUGUUGAAUCCCAGGCCGCAGAGGAUAUAGAAAGACAACAGAGACGAGCACGCAGAGUUCGAAACCUCACCAACCGCUUUCGCGUCCUCAUCAUUGGCCGCGCCAACGCGGGGAAGACAACCAUCCUCCAGCGAGUUUGCAAUACAACGGAACAGCCGAAAAUUUUCAAUCCGGAGGGUCAUGAGGUAAUGUGGAUCUACACUCCCUAUUACAUUUUACUGAAAGUGUGGCAGAGAGGGGAGCACGAUAUUGAGAAUGAAAUGAUAUUUGAGAGCAAUACAGCAUUUGUCUUUCAUGACUCACGUGGCUUUGAAGCAGGCAGAACAUCUGAGCUGGAUAAAGUCAAGGAGUUUCUGCAAAAACGUUCAACCAACAACCGGCUUAAGGAUCAUCUGCAUGUGAUUUGGUACUGCAUCCCAAUUAAUGAUGAAGCCAGACCAUUUACAAGAGCAGAGUUAACUUUCUUUGAUGAGUGUGGGACUGGUAGAGUUCCUGUUAUUGUCCUGUUUACAAAAGCAGAUAUGCUUGAUGCUCCAACCAUCAAACACCUGGUUGAUACUGGAAUGGAUGUUGAAGAUGCUGCAAAUAAAGCUCCAGAAGAAGUUGUCUUUCCAGAUUGGAAGUUAUUCAAAGAAAAGAGAGAGUGGAGGAAGAUGGUUGAGAAGAUACUGAAUUAUUUUCCACAUAUGGUGUGGUGGGAUGAAGAUGAUGAUGAUAAUACUAAUGCUGAUCUUUAUGCUUAUGCUGCUGCUUAUUAUGCUGAUGUUGCAGUCAUUCAGAAUUUCCUAUUUUGUCAAAUCCCAUUUUUGGAAGUUAUCACAGUGAAUGCUCUGCCUUAUCCUGAGUUUUCAUUCAUUCAUCCCCAGACUUGCUAUGCCUCAUAUACCAGAGCUUAG